AUGACUUGGGGAAUAAAGCUGGCGACCGACGAGUCAAUGAUCUCCUUGUACGAGGAGUACAGCGAAACCAUGGUGAUUGGACACUCGGCGAUCAUUUUGAACGAGUGGGUGGCCUUGAACAGCGUCUUGCUAGUGUUUUCGUCCAGUUCCAUCGAUCCUGGCGAGCCUGCUUUUUCAGGAGGUGAAGAGUCCGACUGGUCGCCAAACUGUUCCUCCACCACUUGCGGGAUGUUGUUGUAA